CUAUCGUUUAUAUUUCUUAUUUCUUAAUGUCAAACGACAAAAAGUAAUAAAAAAUAGUAGAUACAUAAUAACUUUGGUCACAAAAUUGUAAAUUGUAGAUAAUAUUGGGUAUUCAAUAUAGCUAAUAUUAAAAAAUUAUUCUGUCAAUAAAAAAGAAUUCAAGAUGAAUUCAGAUGUUCGCGAUAUUUUAGACCUCGAAAGGGUACCGAGCCCCGAGGUUACAAAAGACACUUUUCUUCAGACAAAAAAAAAAAGUUUUGAAAGAGCCAAAGUUAGUAAAAGGCCAGAAGGAAUGCAUAGGGAAGUAUUUGCUUUGCUGUACAAUGAUAAUAAAGAUGCUCCGCCUUUGCUACCAGCAGAUACUGCCUUAGGCAUCGGUACUGGGUAUAAACAACAAAAAGCUCGUCUUGGUAUGAGAAAAGUUCGUAGCUGGCAAUGGACGCCAUUUACAAAUCCUGCACGUACAGAUGGAGCAGUCUUUCAUCAUUGGAAAAGAAUUUCUGACGAUACUAGAGAAUAUCCGUUUGCUAAAUUUAACAAACAACUUCAGAUACCAUCAUAUACAGUAAAUGAGUAUAAUACACAUUUAAGAACAAAUCCAUUAAAAUGGUCUAAAGCCCAAACAGAUCAUUUGUUUGACUUAGCAAAAAGAUUUGAUAUAAGAUUUAUUAUAAUGGCUGACCGGUGGGAUAAAGCUAAUUUCGACACAAAAUCUGUUGAAGAUUUAAAAGAAAGGUAUUAUGAAGUAAUAGGAAUAUUACAAAAAAUAAAAGGAAACCCUGAAAAAAAAGUUUAUGUUUACGAUGCUGAACAUGAAAGAAAAAGGAAAGAACAACUCAAAAAAUUAUUUGAUAGAACGCCUAAACAGAUUGACGAAGAGCUAAUGUUGCUUAACGAAUUAAAGAAAAUUGAGGCAAGAAAGAAGGAACGCGAAAGAAAAACUCAGGAUUUACAAAAACUGAUAUCACAGGCUGAUCAGGGUGAUUCAGUGCAAAACACUCAAACCGCUCGAAAACAUGAAAAGAAAUUCUAUAAAAAGAAAAUACAUAACCAGCCACGACCAUCAAAACUGGAUUCUGUAGUUAAUGCGGUAGAAACUGCAGGAACGGGUAUUAAAUUUGCUGAUUUAAGAGGAUCAGGUGUUUCAUUGCGAUCUCAAAAAAUGAAAUUGCCUGCGAAUAUUGGUCAAAAGAAAGCCAAGGCUCUUGAGCAAGCGCUGCAAGAGUUUAAAGUUGAUCCUCUUCCACCUCCAACUGAUGAAAUUAGUAAUUCCUUUAACGAGCUGAGAUCAGACCUAGUUCUUUUAUGCGAAUUAAGAACUGCAUUGUCAACUUGUACAUUCGAACUUGAAAGUUUAAAACAUCAAUACGAAGCCAUUUGCCCUGGAAAGACUUUAAACAUACCUCAAUCAUUAAUCAAUUUGACAGACAGAAACAAAGCAAAUGAUAAUAGUCUUGAUGUGACUGACACAUCCAAUAGUCAAUCUGGAAAUGGUUAAAAAUGUUAGAAAGCACAUGAAUGAUAAAAUAAUUUUACAUUAUCCAAUAUUACAUAUUUAUGUAGUAAUUUUGUUUAAAUAUAUGUACUAAUUCUCAAAAUAUAUUUUUUUUGUCCAAUCCU